AUGAGGGUCCCUGAAGAGGGACAUGGAGCCUCCUGGAGGCUGGGAGCCGCCCCCCUGCAGCCGGGCACCCAAGCCUGACGCCCUGAGCCAGGCCCUGUACCUGUUGCUCCUGGGGUCCCUCCCCUGUGCUCUGGCCGUGGCCCCGUGCAAAGAGGAGGAGUACCCGGUGGGCUCUGAAUGCUGUCCCAAGUGCAGCCCAGGUUACCGGGUGAAGGAGGCCUGUGGGGAGCUGACUGGCACGGUGUGUGCCCCCUGUGACCCGGGGACCUACACGGCCCACCUCAAUGGCCUGAGCGAGUGCCUACAGUGCCGAGUGUGUGACCCAGCCAUGGGCCUGGUGACCAGGCAGAAGUGCUCCCAGACAGAGAACACUGUGUGCGUCUGUGACCAGGGCCACUUCUGCGUCAGUGAGGAUGGGGACGACUGUGCAGAGUGCAGUCCCCACACGCCCUGCAGACCUGGCCAGAGGGUGCAGGCCAGAGGCACGGAGCGGCAGGACAGGGUGUGUGAAGACUGCCCUCCUGGGACCUUCUCACCCAGUGGGACCCUGGAGGAGUGCCAGCCCUGGAGCACGUGCGACGGCCCUUUGCAGACACAAGUGGAGCCUGGGACCAGCAGCUCAGACGUCACGUGCUCCUCCCUGCUGCCCGCUGUGGUGGGCAGCGUCUGUGUAGCCGCAGGGGUGUUCUGCCUCCUAGUCCUCGGGAUAAGGAUGAGAAGGAGACGGACGCCCGGGGGACCCACGAAGGCGGGAGUAUUUCACCAGGUCCCGCGGGCCCCACCAGACGUCACCACAGUGGCUAUGGAGGAGACAACGUCCAUGUCCCCUGGGACGGAAUGACCCACUUACGGAUUGUUGGAUCCUGGAGGCAGACACCCAAGCCAUCCUAGGCUGUGCCUGCUAGAAGGUGCCAGGUCCCCAGGGGCCCUUCCCUGGGCUGACUUCACACUCUACCCAACACAGCAAAACCGGCCCUGCUCAGGGGUCCUUGGGGACCCCACCCAUAUCCCAUCCAUCUCAUGAAGGGCCCAGAGGUCCCCUCUCACCUCUGCGCAG